GUGAAACACCGGCGCCGUUUGAUGACAGUACCAGAGACGGACCAACGGCAGAAACAAAUCCCUCUCUCGUGGAAUUUUAUCGUAUUAAAUGGUAAAAUCUCGUUUAAAUUGUUAAUUGAUUUGCAGUUUGCCACGGCCGUGCCUCUCUUGUCAACGUUUAUCGCACGGGGGGAAAAAACAGUCUCGGUCGUCUGAGACGGUUCGUUGUAAACAAUAACAAUGGCCUCUGGUUCCCCGUCGUCCUCUCCGGACACUGCGACGGGCUCCGGUACGGACCCAGCCCGGCCCGAUACGGGAGAGCCUCUUGGUGGAGCGGGCUCAGACUCUGAUUCGGACUUGGGUUUGAGUAAAUUUGACUGCAGCGCCGUGGGGAUGGGGGACCAGCUGGAGGGAGAUGAGCUGGAGCUGGAGUUUGAGUCUGCAGCCGACCGCGUGAAGGAUCUGAUACAGACAGCCAGCAGGGACCAGCUGCUCUACCUGUACGCCCGCUACAAACAGGUCAAAGUUGGAAAGUGCAAUACAUCAAAGCCUGGCUUCUUUGAUUUUGAAGGACAACGGAAAUGGCAAGCCUGGAAGCAGCUUGGAGACAUGCAGCCGGAACAGGCAAUGCAAGAAUACAUUUCCCUUGUCAACGUGUUAGAUCCCGAGGGCGCCACAAAGCAACGACGAGGAGCAGAAAGAAGAACAGGUUUUGGAGGAGCAGCGGUCAGCUCUUUAUACCAGGAGGAGAUGAUAAGGGAAGAAGACAAGAACAUCUUUGAUUACUGCAGAGAAAAUAACAUCGAGCACAUCAGGAAUGCCAUCAGCACGCAGAAACUGGAUGUCAAUACCAAAGACGAAGAGGGUCGGGCUCUCCUGCACUGGGCCUGUGACAGAGGGCACAAGGAGCUGGUGUCUGUCUUACUGCAGCACAAAGCCGACAUCAACAGUCAGGUAAUCCAGAAAUCCUCUCUCUAUAUUUAUAGGGUUUUUCAACAUCUACAUAGUAGAUAGACAAAAACCAAACAAACAAACAAAAGAACAUUUAGCCCAUAAGCACACUCAAGAGUCCUAGUCAGGUGUUACGAAUGUAGCUCUUAGUGCUGAACCAUGCACUGUAUUUAUUUAUUUUAUAAUACAAAAGAACAUAUAAAAAAAAAUUGUGACAUAGCUGAGCAUAACCUUCUGCCAUUGUAUCCUGGACGAAAUAUUUUUCAAAAAUCCAGCUAAAGAGGCAUUUUCUCAAACGGAAAGUUAGCAUUCUGUAGCGCUUUCUUUUAUAUUUAUCAGCAGUAGUUGGGUAAGUUAUUCUAAUAGUUAAUAGAAGAUUAUUGUUUUAGUUAACAGAAUUUUGUUCAUUUCCUCACCAAUGAUCUGUCAAAAUUGUUUCACUUUAGUACAACACCAGAAGCAAUGUGCAAGGGUAAGCUGAGUUGCUUCGACUCUGUUGCAAACACUUAAAGAUUUUACAUUUCUCCAGGCAUCAUUCCAUUCACCAUCUGUAAUUUUAGUUAACUUCCCUUUUCCCACACUCCCUUCAAGUGAGUAGUUUUCCCUGCAUUGAGACAUUUAAGAGCACUGUAAAAUAUGCUAGUAGAAGUAGGUGACGCUGUAAAAAUAAAUUGUCUUACUGUAUCUAAUGUGCCCUGAAAAAUCAACAGUGUAGUAUUUUUCAUAAGUCCUAAUGUGUAACUACCAGAAAAAGUCCUUUUUGAAACAUUAUUUUUUUUAAAUCAGUUAAUUAAAUGACAACCGGUUAGAUUCUUUCAUUAAGUUAUUCAGUUUGGAUCUUUCUUUGUCACUGGAAUUUAGAAAGUUGUCCAUUAUUCCAGGUAA